CCUGUACCGUGACAGAUAAAGCAGAUAAACGUUUGGAACAACCAUAAACCCCCCUCCUUCUUAAACAACAGCGAAUUUUUGGUACUUCCUAACCACCAUGCCAUAUCCAGGAAAACCAGCUAAAGAACUUCAGACUAUUGGAUCUGAGGAGACGUCUUCUUUACCAUCCAUCUCCCCUCUGACACCACCAACAACUCGUUCGUCUACUCAUCCAGAGGCGCCUUCACUGCAUCUACAUGCUGCCUAUGUGUACUUGGCACGAAAUUUUCGGCGUCUUCUCUUCUUUGCAUUACUAGGUGGUCUGUGUGCAUUCAGUGUCAUAUCUCAAGUGUGUGCACCUUACUCUUCAAUGUACUGUACAUCUGUGACAAGAUGGCGUCCAUUCUCUCCCUCGUACACCAGUCGAGACACACAUAGCAGCUGCAUUGAUCGCGGAGACUGUCUGGGUUCUGUUAUUGCUGCCCGGACCAUUCAUUCGCACUUGAUGCACGCGCACUACAUUGUGAACCUGAUCGAAGGAACGGGUUUGCCCCCCAUGCAUUUUUUCAACUCAACACCUGUCCGUCGGAACUUUGCAGAUCGCGGGCUUUCAUUCUACGUGAACGACGACCCCGAACGACGACCAUUAAUAGAGGACCUACCGAAGUUCUUUCACCUUCGACGGCUCAUACAUGACCAAUAUCAUCCGUACCUCAUAGAGAAUUUCUAUGCCUACUUUGGCACGAAAUCUACAAGGCCAAUUCAUAGAGCAUUUAGGGCAGCAAUAACGGGUCUAUCCAAAGCAAUAGAGCGUGAAACGAAACUCUCCAGGGCAACCCAGCAGCGGCGUGUCGUAGAGGUUGACGAGAUUCUUCGAAAAGCGCUCAACCGCUUGUUCAAAGAACUUCAAAAUAUAUUCAGACAACUUGCGGUGGACACGUCACCUUUUCUGAACUAUAUCUCUACUGUCCAUGCUCAGUCUCAGCGUAUCUCCUCUGAGCUCGAAUCCGAGGUACCUCGUGUCGAGGAGGCUUUCCGCCAGAUCCCGUGGUGGGAUUCGCAUCCAUUUGUAGGCCUCUUUGCACAUGGUAUCUUAGGGAUAAAGCCCCAACGCAGGAUGUUCACCAAAUACCAUGAAUUCUUAUCGAUGGAUGCGUCGAACAUCCGUUAUUUUGUGGAACAGGUAGCUAUCCUCCAUGAUCAUCUAGAGAUCCUGCAGCGAUACUUCCUUUGGUACUCAAACGGGCCGACUCUCGUGAACGAUGCAAAAGAUACUCCUGUCCCGACCCCUGCUGAGCUUUUAAAACUGGAGGACGAGCUUGUUGAACAACUGCACGCAGCUCAAUGGGAUACUCGUUACGCUCCCAUCCCUCCUCGUCGAUUGACAGCAAUGUAUCCGUCGUUACCCUUUAGUCCUGAUCAUCUCUCCUCGCCAUCUCAGUGAAAUACAUCAUGCUUUUCAUCUAUUUAUCUUUUCCACGUGUUUAUCAUCUUUGCAUACCGCAUCUAUCUUAUUCCUUUUCUUGCUCUUGGCUUUUUUGUACUUAGACUACGCACCGUCAUAUAUAUGUGAUGAUGCCCUAGCGACUAGAUCCGUCGCAGGCCGCGUCAUGUUGAUACCAACCCAAGUACUCGUCGUAUUUAGGCGCAGUUUUCAAUAUCAAAUACCAAACAGUUUGCGUACCAACGAAGAUCAUGUACAUUUUUGUCAUUGUCGUAAAGCAUAUUCACUCUUUGUUCUCUUGG